AUGACUAGCUCCCUUGAACAGUUGAAAGCCAUUGGCACCACAGUCGUUUGUGACUCGGGCGACUUUGCUACCAUUGGAAAGUACAAGCCACAGGAUGCUACCACAAAUCCUUCCCUCAUCCUCGCUGCGUCCAAAAAGUCAGAAUACGCCAAGCUGAUGGAUAUUGCCGUCGAGUACGGCAAAGAUCAUGGCAAAGAUUUGGACGAAAAGAUCGACUCGACGCUGGACCGCCUGCUUGUCGAAUUCGGAAAGGAGAUUCUACAGAUUGUUCCCGGAAAGGUCUCUACUGAAGUCGACGCUCGCUUCUCUUUCGACAUCGAAGGCUCGAUCAAAAAAGCUCUUCACAUCAUUCAACUCUACCAAGAUAUUGGCAUCGACAAGUCGCGUGUCCUCAUCAAGCUCGCUUCGACAUGGGAAGGUGUCAAGGCAGCCCAUAUCUUGCAAUCUGAGCACGGUGUGAACUGCAACCUGACCCUCAUGUUCUCUCUGCCCCAGGCCAUUGCCGCAGCCGAGGCUGGUGCUUUCCUCAUCUCGCCUUUCGUUGGCCGUAUCUUGGACUGGUACAAGGCAGCGAACAAGAAGGAUUACACACCGCAGGAGGACCCUGGCGUCAAGAGUGUUCAGCAGAUCUUCAAUUACUACAAGAAGUUCGGAUACAAGACCAUUGUGAUGGGAGCUAGCUUCAGAAACGUUGGCGAAAUCACAGAGCUCGCUGGAUGUGAUUACUUGACUAUUUCGCCCAAUUAUCUAGAGGACCUCUACAACUCGAAGGAGAAGAUUCCUCAGAAGCUGAUUGCCGAGGAUGCCCACAGCCUCGACAUUCAAAAGAAGGAGUACCUCAAUGAUGAGGCUAAGUUCCGAUUUGACUUCAACGAGGAAGCAAUGGCUGUGGAGAAGCUCCGAGAGGGUAUUUCAAAGUUUGCUGCUGAUGCUAUCACGCUCAAAGGUAUCCUCAAAGAGAAAAUCGAGAAAGCUUAA